AUGAGCACCCAAAAAAAAUCAUUGAAGGAAAUUCUGGAUUCAGAGUAUGUGGUUGAUAGCGACGAGAAUAAUGCCGAGGAUCAUGAUAUGGACGCUGGAAACGACGACAGCGACGAAGAGCAGAAGGACAUAGACCCCUCGCUUUGCAUUGAGUGUCAAGAUAUGAAAACGGAGAUCAUCUGUAACGACUGUGACGAGCAGUUUUGUGUUGUCUGCUUUGAGAUGAUCCACAGAGGUGGGAAGAGGAAAUUUCACGAGUAUGUCAAAUUGACCAAAGACGGCGAUGAUGCGGCCAACACAGAAACCGGGAAUGGAACCACCAAAGUAUCCGACCCACAAGAAAUGGACAGUGAUAAGAGCGAAUCGAUAGAGUCUGUGGCGAGCUCUUCUUCGAACUCGAUAGACGCGAAGCUUCUUAAUAUUUUGAAGCAAAACUCUAAAUUCAUUCCCGUUAGACUAACAUACGAGGAAAGGCAUAUGAUGAGGUUAUUAGAGGCUGCAUUGCAAGUAUCAGAGUACACUGACAGGGUUGAUAUUUUAUCGAACAAAUCAAAGGCGAAGAGAAUAGUUGAGCAAUUGAAGGAAAUAUGUUCCGUUUUGACUGGGUUGGUCAUUGCCUCAGAUUUAAAAGUCGGGAAGAAACUGUUAGAAAUGAAAAACUUCUCGGAUAACGCUAACUGGUUCCAAGAUAUUUUUGAAAUUGGCAGGCGCUACAAGAUUAUGAACCCAGAAAGAAUGAGAGAUACGUACGGUAAGCUGUGUUACAUGGUGAUGGACUCCCGAUUGCCCCAGAUUGAAGAACACAUGGAGUUUCAUCUUUUCAAACCUAUCAAAACAGUCCAUUCUUUCUUGACGUCGAACCCUCAAGAUAAGGGCAAAGCUCUCGAUCUGUUUGACGAUAACCUAACAUUGUACGCUACAUCACAUAUUUCUCCAGUCGGCAAAUCAAGAAGUCAGGUCCAAAGACUAAUCAGACAAAAGGAAAAUGCGAUCGAGGCAGUUGCCUCCAAGUACAGCAGUAAGUUUUUUUCAAAGGACAGUAUUCGACAGGUGUUGUAUUCUGUUGGAGACUAUAACGCUUAUAUCAAUAUGAACAGAAAACCGAUCAUGAGAAUGUUGGAAAGAUUGGAGGUGUUCCGCAAGCCUGAUAUUGCCGAGAGAUAUUCGAUCGGUAUACAGUACGGUAGAAACGGUGCACGUUUGAGUCAUGACCACAAAAGACAAUGGAAUUACGUACAACAAUCUCUAACGUUGUGGUCCAUUAUCCAAAGAGAGAUGAUCAAGCUGUGGUACAUGGCAGACUUAGACUUAUUUGAUGGUAAUAAUUACAGACUUGCGUCAACAGGGCAUGGUUUGAACCGUCUGCAAUCCUGUCCCGCAAUCUACAAAGAGAUGCAUAAAAUUAUAUCUGAAUGUCGGUCCAAAACAGAAGCCUGGGUUGGAUCCUCCGUGGUACAUCUAGGUGAUGAUGCUGUCCCCAACGCCUUAUUUUUCCUGGACAAAUACACGCAAGUACCUGCCAUUUUGAUUCCUUUUGACCAAACACUACUGAAAAUUAAUGACCUGGUGAAGAAUGAUGUGUAUCUUCUUGAUUACAUCACAAAGGAAUAUGGGUCUGUAGAGGACUUGAAGUUGACGAUUUUACAGGAUGCUUUUGCUCAUAUGUUUGACGGAUCAGGAGCUGACAAUUUCUACAUGAGCGGAUCGUGUAUUGAUGGUAGACUAACGUCUGCUUGGAACCACUGCAAUGAAAUUGCAAAGAAAAAUACUAUAACAUUUUCCUUCUAA